AGAUUGGGCACCAAAGAAAAAAUCUAGUUUAGUACCAAAUGCAGAGUCAGAGAGUCCCUGUAAAAAGAACUCUCAGUGGAUAUUUGGUUUGAAAACCAUGGGGAUAUUAGAUGUUUUUCUCCAUUGCUUCAGUUACACAUUCUUGUUGGGGGCUUUCACAGUUUUCCUGUUCAUGUAUUUAUUCUCCCCUUCCAGUUUCAGUACCAAAAAACAUGGUAAGGAGCCUCCAGGACCCAGACCACUUCCGUUGCUUGGGAACCUACUUCAGCUUGACCUGAAAAAACCCUACAACACAUUACUGGAGUUAUCUAAGAAAUAUGGAUCAGUCUUUACUCUCUAUCUGGGACCCAAAAAAGUGGUGGUCCUGGCAGGAUACAAGACAGUGAAGGAGGCACUUGUAGACUAUGAUGACGUGUUUGGAGACAGAAAUCCACCGGAGAUCAUGCGUGAACUUAGUCAAGGACAUGGGGUUGCGUGGUCCAACGGCGAUUCAUGGAAAGAAAUGAGGCGCUUUGCACUGACUAACCUGAGAGACUUUGGGAUGGGCAAGAGAGCAUGUGAGGACAAAAUAAUUGAAGAAUGUCAAUACCUCAUCGAAGUUUUUAAGAAAUUUCAAGGAGAAGCUUUUGACACAACCCAACCAGUUAACUGUGCAGUCUCUAAUAUUAUCUGCUCCAUCAUCUAUGGCAGCAGAUUUGAAUAUAAUGAUCCAGAGUUUAUACUUCUGGUAAAGAGAACAUCCAGAAUUGUUAGACUUGGUGGAAGUCCCUCAAUACAGAUCUUCGACAUGUUUCCAUCGCUCUUCAAGUGGACUGCGGACAGAAAUGAAAUACACAAAAUAUUUUCUGCCAAUAAGAAACAAAACCAAACCAUCUUCAGUCGCUUAAAAGAGACUCUGAAUCCCCAGAUGUGCAGAGGCUUUGUAGACGCCUUUCUGGUUCACAAACAAAAUCUGGAGGAAUCUGGGAUUACCAACAGUCACUUCCAUAAUGAAAACCUUUUGAUGACAGUCAUGCAUCUGUUUGCUGCCGGCACUGAGACAACAUCAACUACACUGAGAUGGGGACUUCUGCUUAUGGCCAAAUAUCCAGAGAUACAGGAUGAGGUCCAGGAAGAACUGAGGAGGGUCAUAGGAGAUCGACAGGUGCUGGUUGCUGACAGGAAAAAUCUGCCCUUCACUGACGCCGUCAUCCAUGAGACACAGAGACUGAGCAGCAUCAACCCCACUGCACUUCCUCACAAAACCACCCGAGACAUCACUUUUCAGGGUCACUUUAUUGAGAAGGGAACCACAAUGUUUCCUUUCUUGACAUCUGUCCUGCAUGAUCCCAACGAGUGGGAGAGACCACAUAGCUUUUAUCCUGCUCACUUCCUGGACAAAGAGAAAAAGUUUGUCAAAAGAGAUGCUUUCAUUCCAUUUUCUGCAGGUCGCAGGAUUUGCCUUGCAGAGAGUCUGGCCAGGAUGGAGCUCUUCCUCUUCUUCACCACCCUCCUUCAACAUUUUCGUUUCACUCCUGCACCUGGAGUUUCAGAAGAAGAGUUAGAUCUGACUGCAGUUGUGGGCAUUACUCUCAGCCCUUCACCUCACAAAUUAUGUGCUGUUCCCUGUAUGUAAGAAGGAGGCAGUCUAAACAAAGUUGUCCUAUCUUCUCAAUCCUUUUAUAAAAAUGAGUUCUUUUGGGUAGUUUCUUGUUUGGUUGGGGUUUUUUUUAUCAGCCCUUUAUUUCAUUUCUACAACAUUUCAAUCCUCCGAUUUUUAUGAAAAUAUGAGCAUAUGGUUCUGUUUUUAGUUAUCAUAGUUAUCAUAGGCAUAUGGAUCGGCCUUUACAAACUAAUGAAGCCCAAAUCAUUGUAACCAUUUGGGCUUCAUUGAUACGUGUAUGCUUUUGCAUGAGCUGGAGAUGGGCACCCUUCUUUGCCAAGGUUGUUAAUCUUGUCAAACUGCAUGACACACUGACAGACAGAGAAGACUGAAAAUGACCAUUCUGCAGAUCCAACAUCUAGAACAUGGAGAGUGGAAUAUGAAAACAAAUCUAACCAGUUAACCGGCAUUUUACGUCCCAGGGCCUAGCUAAUAAGAAACAAUGUAAAUAGGCUGAACAUUCACGUUUUCGCACAGGCUUGGAUUUUUUUUCCCCUUAAUAAUAAAACACAGAAACUUUAGAAAAUGCACUUUGUAUUUACUUGUGUAAACAGCACUGCCGUUUCACUCCUGCACCUAGCAUUUCAAAGGAUGAACUCCAACUAGUACCCUCAUUCCUUCACCUCACAAACUUGAUGCUAUUUCCUGCGUGUGAUGAAGUUGCAUUUUUUUCCAAAGUUGUCCUACCCUGACGCCUGUCAAGGAAUUCAGCCUUUAGUGCUUUCUGUUUUUUUCUAUUCUUUGUUAUUUCAGAGAAGCUCACAUGAAGUGCGAAAUGAAAUAAACUGAUUUUGAAGAACAA